AUGUUGGAAUAUGUUAAUAAUAUUUCAUUUUCUGAAAUUGCUUAUUCAGUGUUUCAAUCAGUUUUACAGGUUGUUAUAAUUUCAUUAGCUGGAUUUUGGAGUGCUUAUAUGGGUUUACUGCCUAAAAAUGCACAAAAGAUCGUGUCCUCAUUGAAUGUCGAUUUAUUCACUCCUUGUUUGAUUUUUAGUAAGCUAGCAAGACAUUUAUCGUUGGCUAAGAUUGUUGAAUUGGGAAUUAUUCCUAUUUUUUACACAGUUUCGACUGGUAUUUCGUUUCUGUCAGGUUAUUUGAUCUCCAAAUUUUUCUCUUUAGAUAAAGAUGAGACAAAUUUUGUGAUAGCGAAUUCAAUAUUUGGUAAUAGUAACUCUUUACCUGUUUCGUUGACCUUAUCAUUAGCUUACACGUUGCCUAACUUGACGUGGGAUGAUAUACCUAACGACACAAGAAAUAAUGUAGCCUCAAGAGGUAUUUUAUAUUUGUUAAUUUUCCAACAAAUUGGACAGGUCCUUAGAUGGAGUUGGGGUUAUAACAAAUUAAUGAGAUGGUCCGGAGAGAAUCAUCAACAUAUGCCACAAUCACAAAUUGAAGCAUACAUUGAAAGGACCAACAGUACUAUAUUACAUGAAUCUUUAACUCAACAAGACUUGAGCUUUGUCAGUCUAAAUGAUGAUGAUGAUGAAACAUACGAUGGCGAUGAAAAUGAUACGGGUGCCCUUGCUAAUAACAUUUCUCAACUAAAUAACCAAACAAAGUCAUGGAUUGUAAAAGUUUUUGGAAAAAUAACCAGCUACUUAAAUCCACCUUUAUACGCCAUGAUGAUUUCUGUGAUAAUUGCUGCAAUCCCAAAAUUGCAACAUGAAUUAUUCCAAAAAAAUGGUUUCAUUAAAAACACUCUUUCUGAAGCCAUUAUUCAGUUAGGUUCAGUGUCGAUUCCACUGAUUUUAAUUGUACUAGGUUCUAAUUUAUAUCCAAACAUUGAAACUUUCCCAAAAACUUAUAAUCACAAUAAAUUAGUCAUAGGUUCGAUUAUCGGUAGGAUGAUUCUACCUUCAAUGAUUCUGUUACCGAUAAUUACAUUGGCAGUCAAGUACAUUAAUAAGAGUAUAUUAGAUGAUCCAAUCUUUUUAAUUGUUGGUUUCUUAUUGACUGUUUCUCCUCCAGCUAUCCAACUAACCCAAAUAACGCAACUAAAUGAAUUCUUUGAAGCUGAAAUGGCAAGCAUUCUGUUCUGGGGUUACGUUGUUCUAAGUUUACCUGUCAGUAUCAUUGUUAUAUCAGGUGCUAUUUAUGUUUUACAAUGGGCUAAUGCCUGA